AUGUUCCACAAGAUCGGCCCGGUGGACGCCCUUUCCCGCCUCAUCCGCAAUGAUCAGGAACCCAAAGAAGAUACGGUGAUUGCUGCUAUUUCGAUUGAGGACAAAGUGUAUCGACAGCUUUCGGACGCCAUACGAGGUAUUCCCGUAACUGCCGCCGGCAUCCGUGCAUCGACAAACUAUCUCCUAUGUUCACACCAGUUGGACCACCUCUGCUCUCACUGGCGAUCUUCACCAGCUCUUCUCGCGUCGAGCAUCGCUGUGGAUUUUUGCCUAAUUUUUGGAGACCGCGCGGUCAUUUCUCCUUCACUUCGACCGGUUGUGCUACGCCAGUUUCAUGCUGCUUAUCCUGGCACCAGUCAAAUGAAGUCCAUUUCUCUCAGCUUUGCCUACUGGCCGGACAUUGACAGCGACAUCAACGACCUUGUUUCGGCGCCAUUCUCAUUGCCAACAGGCUGCCAAAAUGCCCAGUCGUCAACUGCCGAUUUCGCAGGCCCACUCGACGGUAUCACGUACCUAGUCGUGGUUACUGCCUACUCAAAGUGGCUCGAGAUUGCACCGCUAAAUCCCGCAACCAUCUCGAUGAAGGCUCUGUUUGGUAAAAAGAAAACGCCACAAGAACAGUUGAGAGAGAAUCAACGGGCUUUAAAUAGAGUUAUAAGGGAGUUGGAUCGCGAAAAACAGCGUCUGGACAACGAGCAAACCAAGAUUAUUAACGAGAUUAAGAAGCUCGCAAAACAAGGUCAAACCGAUGCCGUAAAAAUUAUGGCGAAAAACCUCGUGAGAACUCGAACAUAUACAAAAAAGAUAUUGAUGACACGUGCUAAUAUACAAGCUGUUUCCCUAAAUAUGCAAACUCUGAAAUCUACCGCGGCCAUGGCUGAUGCCAUGAAACAAACAACCAAAACAUUAGUGAGAAUGAAUAAGCAAAUGAACCUACCAGAACUCCAAAAGAUAUUGAUGGAGUUCGAGAAACAGUCUGGAAUGAUGGAAAUGAAGGAGGAGAUGAUUUCUGAUGCGAUGGAUGAUGUAUUUGGAGAGGAAGGUGAUGCGGAAGCUUCUGACGCGGUUGUCCAACAGAUUUUGGAUGAACUCGGCCUAGAAAUGGCUGGAGAAGUUAAUAAACUGCCCACUAGCUCCGAUGCAAUUGGUUCGACAGCUUCGGGUGCUCGGGCACCUAACCAGCCGGUGCCUGCCACUGGUGGCCCCGAUGGACCAAGCAAUGAUGAAAAUGACCUGGAAGAACGUCUCAACCGACUUAAACGUGGUUGA